GCUCAGACUGCCAUGGCCGCAGACCUGUCGCCGGACCUCGUCCAGCUCAUCGUGAUGUACAUGGCCGACGAGGCCGACGUUGCAUCAUUGCUCUUGGUGCUGCCGCCUGCGCUGCUCUCGGCGCCGCUUGCUGCGCUUCGCACCCUCUUCCGCGCGCUCUUUGAUGGCGAGUUGGUUGGCGCGACGCGCCACCGGUCGAUGCAUUUGUCGCUCUGGCCGCCCCUCGUCCUUCCCUAUCCGCCUGCCAUCAACAAACCGAUCUUGAUUGACGCUCUCCAAGCGGCCAGCAGCUUGUAUGCGUCGCUGACCACUCGCAGCAGCAGCCGCGUGCGCUGGGACCUACCUCCGCACCUCACGAUCGAGCUGCCGUGUCGCCUGGCCCAAGCACGACAUGUCUUUUCGCGCAUUGCGCUCUGGGACACCCGCCUCUCGCUUCUGAGCAUCCAAAUUUCGGCUCUUCGAGGCGACUGGGCGCGCUCGGACGUGGAGAAAUUAGCACUCGUGCUGCCGACGCUUCCCCGCUUGCGCUCGCUGCACCUUUGCUGCGCAGGCCACAACUACACAUUCGAGAUUGGUUUUGUCCUGAAAGCGCUCUUUACGUCGCGCAGCCUUACACAGCUGUCGCUCACGACAAAUGUGUGGAGCGAGGAUAUCGGAUGCGUCUUUGCCAAGUGGCUGACCCAUGUCCCCGUUUCGAGUCUCAAGUUGCGCGGCCCUUUUCCAAUGAAAAGCCAAGUGCAUGCUGUGGUACACGCGAUUCGAGCAUGUCGCACGCUGCAGUCACUGGCGCUCGAGGACGCCGCGCUGGCUCGGGCAUUUGUGGCCGCCCCGCUCCCCGCGCACCUCUGUGAGCUUGACCUUCGCAUCGAUCGGCCGACGACAGUCGACGAGACAACCCGUGCCGCAGCGUACCAUCCCCAUCUAGAGGCACUUCGAGUCCGUCUCAGCCGCGCGAGCCUGCCCCCAGACAAUUUACCACUGGUGCUGAGUCUGCCAACGCUGCGACGGCUACGCCGACUGGAUCUUAUCCACUUGGAGCUAGUCACGAUGACGCGAGAUGCACUGUGGACAGUACUGCCGCGCUUAACCGAGCUGCGGCUCGAGAAGAGUCACCUUGGUGACAGUGGUGUCGCUGAAAUCACUGCCGUGCUUCCUACGUGCUAUCGCUUGCAUCGGCUUGCACUUGUCGACCAAGGCAUCUCGGACACUGGGGCUCUUGCCAUUGCCCGCAGCCUGGUGCUGUGCCCGUCGCUCACCGACGUGGACUUGACGGACAAUGCGAUUGCGAGUGACGGCGCGAUAGCGUUUUGGCCGCUCUUGCCAAACCUGAUUGUGCUCCGUCUACGCCGCAACCGCAUCGGCGAAGACGCAGCGAUGGCGCUGAGCGACGUGUUGCGCCUCACAGCACACAUGCGGUGCUUGGACAUGAGCGACAACAACAUCGGACUGCCGGCGGUGCGUGCGAUGAUUACAGCGCUACACGACGGCUCGUAUCGCGCUGGUGUUGUCAACGUGUCUGUGACGCCGAGCGACUAUGAAGCUUUAUGCAGCUUCGCCUUGGGCUGCUUGCGAGACCCGCAUAGGGUCGAUAUCACCCGUCUGUACUAAUCUACUGCCAUUGGAUGACCAUUCGAUCGAUCGUCUGUCUUUUGCUGCUAGCCGUCGCUGAUCGUUGAUAGUCCACA